GUUUUCGUCAUCAUCUUCAAAAUCUAUCACCACCAGCUCUUGUCCGAUAGAGAACAUCGUCCAUCAAUCUCAGAUGGCUCUCUCUCUGUCGAUUACAAAUCUGAGAUUGGAGAGAGGAAUGACGCAGAGAUGAGCGAAGCUCUUCCUCUUGGUUAAGCACGAAGCAGACGUUGAAGAUGAGAACUGAAACUGCGAGAAGCACAUAUAGAGUCGGAUUGACAACGAUUUCAAGUAGAGAGGACCCGCGAAAUGGAGUAGAGAACCAUGGAAUUAAGGAUAAACAUCUCAAUUUAGGGCUAAUUAUUGAUGAAGGUGAUUAUGAUUUUACUGGAAUGGCCUUUGUAUGAAUACUGGCAUAUGCUCCCCAGUGAACGUCCAACUUUGGAAAAAGUCUUGAUAAAGGUGUUGAGCUUGAAUGUUAAUGGGUUGAGAUUGAUGAUAUUUGCACUUUCACCUUUUGGCAUCCUUUCUAAACAAUGUGGGUAUGAUGAAAAGUGGGAAAAUGCCCAAACAAGCUACAUAAGCUAAGCAUUUGUAAGAUGUGGCUGUCUAAUUGUUUUGUGUUUUACCUUACGCUUAACCUGUUAUAUGAUUUCUUUACAUAUAAGGGUUUUUAUAUUGCACUUCCUCUCUCCUACUUUCGUGCCUACCAUUCGUUUAGGUGUAUAAAUGGUGAACUUGUAUCGAUCUUAGAGUGUGAAGAUCUUGGAAGUUUCAGCAAUCAUGUCUCUCUUGAUAGUACUAUGUAUCUUAAUCUUCCUUGUUUCAAAAUCUCUAAAAUUCAUUUACUUAUUUUUUCCUGAACUUUGAAGGCUGAAAUUGAUUAUAGGAUUCUCAAAUGUUGUUGCAGGUCCUUCUAUUAGGCCAAAUCAUAUUAUUUUGAUGGAAAGAGGAAGGAAGUUUAUACUUUGUACUCUUGAAUUCAUUCUUUAGCCAUUUCUGCACUAAAGAAACUUCAAAGUGCACAAAAAUCUUGUCAGGACAAGAUAAAAGACGCAUACGGUCAUGUAGAGAUUGGUGAAGUUCAAGUAGACUUGGCGGAGGUGGUUGAAUCAUGCAUGUAGCAGAUUUUGAUCAUAUUGCUACUAUAUUCAAGUUAAAUAUAUGAAGUCUAUAUUGUAAAAGUGUAACAACUUUGAAUUAAAUUUACAUUGUAGUCUACAUUGUAAAAUAUGAAUACUUGUGUUAUACUCCUUAUUUGAGAGUUUUAAUAAUGAUGUGAAGAAUUA